AUGGCCAUUUCUGGCUUAUUAGCCGGCAUCAAAAAUUCAUACGCAAUCCCAGGUGUGGAUCGUCCGGGAUCUGAAUCCUGGACCUAUGGUCAUUGCGUGCAAAACUCCGCCACUGACGCACGGGCUCGUUGCUCUGUCGGUUGCGAUCGGGACUAUGAUGGAAGUAUGGUGCUCACCGAUCUAUCUCUUAAGGGAACAUAUUCGUCCCGUUGUGCCCGGAAGCCCGGUUCAGAGCAAUCGAAUGCAGUCGCUAAGCGAAGUUGCCACGGUUUUGACCUCGAUGCCGUCGACGUUGAUAUGUGGAGCAUUGUAAUCAGCACCGGGCGACGGCUGAUGCAUGAUCCCCGUUUCAUCCUUGUUGAUGAUAAGACCGAAGUUUGCGCAACCUACGGCGAAUACGCAGUCGUUCGCAAAGAGCAGGUCAUGGACUGUGGUCGUGGAGACGCGCGUGGGAGCUUGCAUACGUCGAAUGUUGAGAAGGUGCCCCUCCGUUCUGUAGUUGAUGAGGAUCCCGGGACGCUCGUCGCGGUAGACAUCCAUCAGCAUGGCAGACAACAUGAGACUGAAGCGGGUAGGCGCGAGGACACAGUCGCGCUUCACUCCAGUGGUCACUGCGAAGGCUUAGGAAACCAUCCCGUUGUCUGUGACGCGCGCCAUCACUCCGUCGUGGAGCUGGUGUAA